AUGGCCCCUUAUGAAGCCUUGUAUGGACGGAAAUGUAGAACACAUUUGUGUUGGACAGAAGUUGGUGAAGAAAGAAUUUUAGGACCGGAGAUUAUUCAAGAAACUACAGAAAAGAUAAGGAUGGUUCGUGAUAAGAUAAAGAAAGCACAAGAUAUCCAAAAGAGAUACGCAGAUAAUCGAGGAAGACUAUUCAAAUUUAAUGAAGAUGGUCAUGUAUUGUUAAAGGUGACCCAGAGAUUGAGACUGAAGGGACUGUUUAAGUCAUGGAAGUUAAGUCCGAGAUACAUAGGACCAUACCAGAUUAUAGAGAGGAUUGGUGAAGUAGCUUACAGAUUAACCUUACCACCUUCUUUAUCAGAGAUGCAUGAUGUUUUUCAUGUAUCUCAACUUCGAAAGUUCAUUCCAGAUUCUCUCCAGCCUAUUCUUCCAUAUUCAGUGGAAGUAGAAGCAUACCUAACCUUCGAACCUCAACCAAGUCGUAUUUUAGGACAGGAAACUAGGGUAUUGAGAAAUAACGAUAUCCCUCUUGUUAAGGUUCGGUGGGAUGGAUCACAUUCGAGCGAUGCUACCUGGGAACUAGAGUCUGAAAUGCGAGAAGUUUACCCUCAUCUCUUCCAGUGGCAAAUGGUGGCCACAUGUUUAUAUCCAAUACCCACCAACCUUGUACUACUCCAUUUUCUCUAUGUAUCAGAAAAGCUAGUGGAGAAAAGAAGGAAGAAAGCUAGUGGAGAGAAGAAGUAA